AUGGUACUAUCUUCCAGUCUUUUCGUUCAAAAAAGAAGUACAACUACUGCUUUGAAGCAACCAAAAGAAUUAGGUCAUUAUUCGAGAACACAGGACAAUGGAUUUUUAGUCAACGAUGAUUCGAGGCUAGCAUACUAUUACUUGCCAGAUACGGAUCUAGACAAGAAGCUUGAUCUUUUAAGUGGAAUCAAGAAGUUCAAAGAGUGUAAUACGGAAGAAUUCGACUCUACAACAUUGCAUGGAUUACUUUCGACUUUGGAAGAGUAUGAGAGACGUAAGAGUAAGAAGACGAAGGUGGAUAUCAUUACGUUCAGAGGUAUCAUACGGAAGCUCAUCUCCAGUGCUUUUGAUUCAUCACAGUUCAAUCCGGUAAAUUUCCGUAUUGUUUCGUUUGAUGGACAACUAUUCAUUAAGGAAGUCAAGACAGACGCUUCGGAAACCUCCAUUAACAAGAAUAGGGAGUCGUUACAGGCAAGGGCAUAUUACAGUGGUUACAAAUUUGAAGCACUUGCAACCUUAUCGCUGCCACUACCGUUGGUACCCAGAACUACAUUGGAAAAGAGACCUAAAAAGAUUAUUAACAAUGGGGACCAAUUCAUCUCAAUGGUUAGAACAGGAAUAGGUAAAUGUAAGAUAUUGAUCGGUGCAGAAGUGGACUGUAUUUUUGAUUUUAAAGAGGAUUCAGAUGACAACCUGAAGCAUUACGCAGAGUUGAAAUGUACCACAAUGGUCAAUACCGUUUCCGAUGCGCAUAAAUUCGAACGUAAGUUGUUUAAAACCUGGUUACAGUGUUUCCUAGUAGGAAUAAACAGAAUUAUAUAUGGGUUUAGAGAUGACAAUUUCAUGCUCAAAACUGUAGAGGAGUUCACUACAUCUGAGGUACCGCUAAUAUUGAAGAACAACAACCCACAGAUGCAAACUGUGUGUGUAGAUGCCAUAAAAUGGUAUGGUGCCUUCACAGAGUGGUUAUUGACAAGUAUUCCAAGACCAGAAGACGAUAUUGACACAAUUAAAGCCUAUAAACUCAUCUUUGAGAACAAUCACCUAAAACUCACGGAAAUUGAGUCUGACGACGAAGAAUACAAGCAGCUGGUGGAAGGAGAAGAGAUACUAUCAAAUUCGUUCAAACAAUGGAGAAAAGAUCUUCGCAAGUAA